AUGAGCAUCUCCGCUGCCCACGGCGAGCGGGCAGUGCACGCGCGGACGGCUGGGCACGGCGCUCCGCUGUGUCAGUGUGUUAUGAUGCCAUCUCGUACCAACCUGGCUGCUGGAAUCCCCAGUAGUAAAGUGAAAUACUCUAGACUCUCCAGCACAGAUGAUGGCUACAUUGACCUUCAGUUUAAGAAAAGCCCUCCUAAGAUUCCAUAUAAGGCCAUUGCGCUUGCUACAGUACUGUUUCUGAUUGGCACCUUUCUCAUCAUCAUAGGCUCCCUCCUGCUGGCGGGCUAUAUCAGCAAAGGGGGGGCAGAUCGGGCCGUUCCUGUUCUGAUCAUUGGCAUCCUGGUGUUCCUGCCAGGGUUUUACCACCUGCGCAUCGCUUACUAUGCAUCCAAAGGCUACCGGGGUUACUCCUACGAUGACAUUCCUGACUUUGAUGACUAG